GCUCGCUGAUGACGUCAUCGCUUUACAGCAACUUUACGCGAUAGCGUCACUCGUCAACAUGGCGGCUUCCACGACGAGCACGUGCGGCCGGUUCCUGCUGUUGCUGGCGCAGGAGCACGUGGAGUUCAGGCUGCCCGAGCUGAGGGCGCUGUUCUCCGUGUGCGGAAAGCACUUGGAAUGCAACACAGGUGGAAGUUCUGACAAAGGCCCAUUUUUGGUUGUUUUGGGAACAUCGGAGGAAACAAUUCGAAAAGUCAUGGAAAGGACCGUAUGCGCCAAGUCUGCUAUAGAGCUGUGGGGAAUGGGGAAGACCCAUCAGGAGCUGCUGGCUUCACUCAAACCACAAUCUGAGCACAUCAGGCAGCUGUGCCACCCAGAAUCUUCAUUCAAGAUCACGAUACACACUUUUAACAAGACUCUCCAGUACAACGAGCGUCUGCAAAGGAUUGAGUCAUUGGAUGUCCUUCCGUUUAAUGGGCGAGUGGACUUAAAAAACCCAGAUCACAAUUUUUUCCUCCUGGAAGAUUAUGGGCUGGACCCUAACAACGUUCCCACAGACCCUCUCUGCCUCUACUUCGGCAGAUGGCUGGUGGAUGGACAGCGUGACUUACUGCGGAGCUACAGUGUGAAGACGCGUCACUUCAUCGGCAACACCAGCAUGGACGCCGGCCUGGCCUUCAUCAUGGCUAACCACGCAAGAGUGCAACCAGGGCACUUUGUGUGCGACCCAUUCGUUGGCACUGGGAGCCUGCUGGUAGCUUGUGCUCGGUUUGGCGCAUUUGUCAUGGGCAGCGACAUUGACUACAACACAAUCCAUGGGCUGGGAAAGGCAAGCCGAAAAAACCAGAAGUGGCGUGGGCCUGACGAGAACAUCCGUGCAAACCUGCGACAGUAUGGCCUGGAGCAGCUGUACGCAGACGUGCUGGUGUCAGAUGCUUCGCGUCCCAUCUGGAGGCCACACCAACUCUUUGAUGCCAUCCUCACUGACCCGCCAUAUGGAAUCCGAGAGUCCACGAGAAAAAUUGGAUCGUAUGGUGAAAAUGGCAAAGUCCCUGAUGAUGUCGCAGAUAACCACAUGCCCGAGAGCAGGGAAUACCAUCUGAGUGAUAUCUUUGUGGAUCUGCUCAACUUUGCAGCGGAGUACCUGGUGAAUGGGGGGCGGCUUGUUUACUGGUUGCCCGUCUUCAGACCUGACUACACGGAGGAGAUUGUGCCCCGGCAUCCGUGCUUGAAGCUCGUGAGCAACUGUGAGCAGAUGCUCAACAGCCAGAGUGGCCGCCGCCUCCUCACCAUGCAGAAGAUCAAGGACUUUGAGGAGGUUGAUCGUUAUGCACAUAUGCAAGAUGUGCGACAAAACCCUUAUAAGGGGCACAACGCGUUCCGCGACAAGUACUUCAGCGGGCUCACAAAGGAGAGGGCCCGGGAGUGUGAGUGAGGACAGCACAGAAUACUACAUCGACACUCAAAAUGAUUUACAUAAUGUAUUGCUGAUGUUACAAUGUACUUUGUGGUGCUCUGAAAAGACAGGGUAAAGGUAAUCAUUUGUUGAAAGCCACAAAAGGUAGGGCAGAUGUAAAAUAUUGUCAGCAGUAGAUAAUACUAUUGCUAUAUUGUAUAAAAAUAUACAUAAUGAAGCCAUUAAAAUGCUGGUGAGUCUGCUUUUAAAAUGUCUUCUCAAAUUGAAUAAAUGAAUAGACUAAAGUUUAAUAGUAUAAAUAUUGUGUUGUGUAUCAUUUUCAAUAGAUUUUUACUAAAGAAAUCGGAAAAUAAAAAUAGAUGUAUUUCAGUUGUAAAGUCUGAUUUUAAAUAUCGACACUGUAGAUACCAUGUUGUAUUUCUCAGUCAGUUAUUUUAUGGAAGUGACAAAAAAUAUUUGAUUGAAUAGGUGUGGCAGUUGUGGAAAAGGGAUCAAGGGAAGUAUGCUUUUUCCAUGAGGGCAUUUUGCAUGCCACAAUAUUGCAACUGUAGCUGGGACAUACAAUAUUCAGUCUAGACUCUCGGCAAUUUCUCCACAUGUAAACAUUUUAAUGUUAGGCAGGAUGACAAGAUGUUCCCCUAGCCACUCCGGCCAGCAAUGUAUGAGAUUUCCUUGAAGCUUUGUUUUUGUGACUUUGUACUUUAACGGUAUCUAGCUAGUGAUAAGAUUCGUUUUAUAUGUAUGAAGCCUUAGCCAGGAGCCUUAAACAUUUUGUAAUUUACCAUUGUGGCCCACUACUUGGCAUUUCUAUUAUUUUUGAAAGACUGCUACUGUCUACUAGCUUAUCCAGUUUUAGACUGCAGAGCAUAUUCUAGAUUUGAUCAUAGAUUUCAACAUAAAAAGGGUAUUCACUUACAUACUCUUUUCCAAGGACAUGUGCAGCAUGAACUUAUUACGUCUUAUACAGAUUUAUCUGGCUUCAUACAGUGACGGGCUUAUGGGAAGUAUCUCUGCAAUUCUAACAUUAAUUCCAUGGCAGUUUCUGGCAACGUUAUAAUAUUUAGUUUGUAAUCGCCCAAGAUUGAUGGUGUGUUUAGGGAAUUUGUUAAGUGAUUUGAAAACGAUGUAGGUAUGUGUUAAAUUCUGAAAAUAUUUAAUUGGUAACUAUGAUGCAUACAUUAAACACGUACGUGGGCUAUGGAAACAAAUGUUUUUAAUAAUUUAGAUUGAGCCAAGGCAGACCGCAAAGUUCCUGCAAUUGUAAUUUGUCUGUUUUUAAAUGCUCUCAAUUUUCUAAACGGCUGUGUAAUCUAUUAAACACAGAUGCAUGCAAUUCCCACCAAAUAUGGUGAUCCUCCACUAAUGUGUUUUUGUUGUAAUUUUUUUACUUCCAAAACAAUUUACUGUACACAGUUGCACCUUUGUUUUAUUUUCAAGAUGUUAGUUUGUGUAAGUUUGAUUAGAGCAACUGCACAAUAUUUUGAUGAAUAAAAAUGUGUUUUAAAUGGUGGUACAUUAUUGAGUGUGCAUUCC